AUGGGGAAAAACAUUAAGUCUUAUCAUCUUCUUGAUGAAGACAUUUCUUUCGAUAGAAAUGAAUUUCAAUCUAGGGAAAUUGAUGAUGAGUUGGGUGUUGAAAUUCCAGAAAAAGAUAUUACAUCUUCAAGACCACUUAAUAGAGAGCAACAACAAGUGUAUAAUGUAAUGUUGGAAAAAGUUUUAUCAAACAAAAAUGUUGCAUUCUUUGUAGAUGGCCUGGGUGGGACAGGGAAAACAUUCCUAUACAGGACACUUCUGGCAACAGUACAAUCAAGAAACUUGGUACCACUUGCAACUGCUUCAUCAGUUGUGGCUGCAUCUAUACUUCCAGGAGAUCAAACAACUCACUCAUGCUUUAAGCUUCCACUUGAUAUUGACGAAAACACCCCAUGUUGUGUGAGCAAACAAAGUGCACUUGCAAACCUACUUUCCUUCGGUGGAAAGAUUGUUGUUCUCAGGGGAGAUUUUCGUCAAGUAUUACCUGUUGUUCGUAAAGGGAGUAGACAAGAGCAGGUUAAUUCCAGUCUGGUUUAUGUGGCCUACAUUGACUAA